AUGAGUUGGCUGUGAGUAUGAAAAAGCAGCAGUGAGAGAGAGAGGGAGAGGAAGCUUGAUAAGCGGCUUGGGAAAUGACUGUUGAUGUUUGUGUGUUGUAUGCAGAGACAUUGUGGUGCCGGACAUGAGCAGUGACAGCAGCUCCAAGAAGCGUUAUGUAUCAACCCUCAGGAUGUACAUCGGACCCACCAACACUUCCCCUGGGCAGGGAAAAAACGUCUUGGCAGCCAGGACCACUUCUGCUACUGUCACUAGGACUGGGAUAGACACAGUCUCUGGUACAGGUAAGAGACAGCCAUAGCGUGUGUGUGUUCAGUCUGUGUGCAUGUUCAGUGUGUGUGCGUGUUCAGUGUGUGUGUGUGUGUUCAGUGUUAAUGCGUGCGUGCGUGUGUGUAAUGUAUGUGGUGGUGGUGGGGGUGGGGGGGGGGGGGGUCUAGGAGUGUAACUAUUGGCAUUACUGUCUAGUUGUUCGGGUCAACAUUGUAAUAAACAAGUUAGAACAGACGUUUAUCUCAGAGAUUGCACAGCUGAAUGAACCCUAACCACACACCAUGACUUUCAUUUUCAGACAGCUUGUUUUACAUGACAAUGAUUUUUAUUAGUUUUGUUUCUGCUUACCAGGUUGAUAUUGCAGAUGUUAACAUCUUCUAUUGUGUUUGGACUCUGUACUUCUUGAGUACUGGCUUUUGUUUUGUCGUUGUUUAUAGUUACAGUGCAGAACUUCCACUGCUAUCCACCUAACAAAAUGUUUGAACAUGUAUGUAUUGAGAUGUAUUAUGUGUACUUCCUUAUACGUGCACCAUCAAAGCGCAUAGCAUGUACAGUAUUUAAUGUAUUUUCUGAUUUUCCUAAUUAGCAUUGGCUUCAUGCCCAUUACCUGAGAAGUGAAGGGUGCAGGAAUCUACAUGCUCAGUUGUUUGUGAGUGCAUUUAAAGGCCAUGCUGUUAACGGUUCUCGUUUUGAACAACCUGAGGGAGGGGUUUGGAGAAAAAACAUGAGUCCCCCCGCCCUCAGCCUCCUUUAUACAUGUUUUGUGAUUGUGUUUCUCUCAGAGUGUAGUAUCCUAAAAACCUGUGAUGGUGUAUGACAUUACUGUGACAGUUCCAUCCACACUUGAAAGUAAAAGAGGCGUAUAAGCAGAGUGCAAAUUAUAUCGUUACAUUCGGGGGGCUCAAUUAUUUAUUACAUUCAUUGAUGAUGUGAUAAUCACAGCUAAGUCAGUUCUAGAAGGCAGAUGGAUUUUGGAGGAUCUGGAAGAGCUCACCAAAUGGGCCAGAAUGGAGUUCAAGCCUGAAAAAGGGAAGUGUCCAGAAACGGUACCAAUUCAAGAUUGGAGAGGAGACCAUUCCCCACCGUCAGGAUGGGUAUGGUCCUGGGGAAGUGGUAAAGUUCUCUGGUCUAGAGGCACCAAGGUGGUCCACCUCGAGCCUGGGGAAGUGGUACAGGGCUGAGCUCAAUGACAAAGAGAGUGUGAAGGAGAUGCUCUUGCAAGCCGACACGUGGAUGACAUCUCUGAAGAAGAGCGGCCUACCAGGCAAGUUUAAGGCAUGUGGCUACCAACACAGGGUACUUCCCAGACUCCUCUGGCCACUGCUUGUCUAUGAGUUACCUCUUUUAACAGUGGAUGCACUAGAUAGGAAAAUUAACAACUUCCUCAGGAGAUGGCUGGCGGUCCCAAGAAACUUCUCCUCCAUCUUCCUGUACAGCACAGACAGCAAGCUGCAGCUGCCAUUUUUGGUAGAGGAGUACAAGGCAACAAAAGCACGUCAGGCUAUGAUGCUGCGGGACAGCAAGGAUGAGAGGGUUCGCCAGGCAGAGAUUGAGGUCAAAACAGGUCGCAAGUGGUCAGCUAGCAGAGCGCUCACGGAGGCGGAGGAACGGCUGCAACACGCUGACAUCGUUGGGUCGGUAAACCAAGGCAGGCUGGGUCUGGGAUGCACAACCAGGCCAAGCUGGAAGAAAGCAGGUCCAGAGGAGCUUCGUGGCAUGGUGCAGAGGGCGGUCCGAAAGGCUAAGGAAGAAAGCAGGUAUGUCAGAGCUGUAGCCAGGAAAGAAACAGGGCAGCUGGACAUGCGUGCGAGAGAGGGCACUCACCUGGCAAGACAUCUGGAAUAUGGAAGGGCAGCGGAUUACGUUUCUGCUUCUCUCUGUGUAUGAUGUGUUGCCCACACCAACAAACCUCCACACAUGGGGGUUGGCAGAGAGCCCCACCUGCACACUAUGUGGAUGACCAGCCAACCUGGAGCACAUUUCCUCUUGACAAGCAGGUCUGACCGAUGAAAAAUUCAGGUGGCGACCAAAUACUUACUCAGGACUGGCCACGGGACUGGAGCAAGCAAGGAGAAAGCCAAAACAUCUCACUCAGGGCACCUGUUUCAUCCACUUCCUGUUUCAGGAGAGAGCGCAGCAAAGGGAACAAGGACCAAAGGGAUCCUUGCCACAGCAGGUGACUGGAAGAUGUGGGCCAACUUCAAGAAGCAGCUCCAAUUCCCAGAGAUGAUAGCCAGCACAAGCCUCAGACCAGAUAUUGUUCUCUGGUCUACAGGCACCAAGCAUGUGGUCCUCAUCGAGCUCACAGUGCCCUGGGAGGAGAGGAUAGAGGAGGCACAUGAGCGGAAGCUUGAGAAAUACCAGUCCCUCAUCAUUGAGUCAGCAGAAUUGAUGGAGAGUCUGGAAUCUACCAGUUGAGGUCGGCUGCAGGGGCUUCGCAGGCCAAUCACUCUGGAGAGCCCUGGGGCUGCUCAGCAUGGAAGGAGUGGCAAGGAAGAAGCUAGUGGCUGACGUCAGCAAGCAGGCAGAAGUGGAAUCCCGUUGGAUCUGGCUGAAGAUUAAUACCAGGGAUCAAUGGUAAGAUGGAAAUCAAGAUGAAAGUUAGGUUGUUGUCAAUCAAUAUGUAUUGUUGCAUAACACAUGGCAAUGCACAGAACGGAUUUACAGUUCAGAUACUGUGAGAUGUUUUAGUGCCGAGAUGUUGGCUGUGUGCUACUGCUGUCUUUAUACUAAUUUGGUGGUCUGUUGGAGAAACACAGAGGAAGUGUUUCAGUGUUUUGGUUGCAGUUGUUUUUGUUCAGGCUUAUUUUCCCAAUAUACUGUACAUGUGUGGGUUUGGGCUAUUUGUGUCUGUGUUGUAGACAAUGUAGUAGGUGUGAAGGCAUGCUGGAGUCUUUCCUGUAACAGGCAGAGCUGAUAAAUACACUUCUAGAUGAGAGAUGUGGUUAGCACAUUAGAGCAGAGGAAGAACAGAAACACAAAAGCAGUGAUGAGGAAACGUUGUCAGUAAUGCAAGAUGACAGGCCUGGCUGAACACCCCGCUGUUAGUGCCGGCAAGCUGACCAAAAGUAUUUUAGCAGCUGUUUUCCUCCUGUGUGAGAAAACAGAGUGGUCAAAUUCCACCCAAAUUAGUAGGUCUAUCGGUAUCCAAAAACGAAGUGCUGAGUGUUGAUUGAUUAAUUUCAGAGCACAUGCACAAAGACGUUACAUGUACAUGUGGUUGUUUCACAUGCCAGAGCAACACAGCUAUAGGAGCCUGCUUAUCAGGCUGUCAUAGACCAGAUGGCCUGCUGUAUGAAUUUCAAAUGUGCUUAUGAUACUCUCUGUCCCUGUCUCUCACCCCCUUGUCGCCGGGCCCUGCACCAUCUCAUCCAGGGGACAGCUGCCCCACACCAACCCCCCUCAGAGGUCUGGAUCCACCCCUGUUCACAGAGCCAUUGGAGGACUGCUCGGUGGAUGAAGGAAGUGACAUCACACUCCGAGGGGUUAUCACAGGAAGUCAGCCGAUCAGUGUGUCCUGGCUGCACAAUGGUGAGCUGAGAACAGGCCUUAUUCUCCAUGUCCUGCACAGAGUUUGGCUCUAUGCCAUUAGAAUUCAACUUUAUGAAUUUGACUUGGAAUUUGAAUAGAAAAUGUCAUUAAAAUCAAUGUCCACUAUGACAUUUUAUAUCCAUUGCCAAAUGGACUUGAACACCCAAACAACUAGCUAAUUUGAGGUAAAUAAAAAAACACAUUUGCGUCACUCUGCUGCCCUGCCCUGCUGCCCAGGUCGCAGUUGUAAUUGAGAACUUGUUCUCAACUGGCUUACCUGGUUAAAGGGAGGUAGCUCAGUUGGUAGAGCAUGGCGUUUGCAACGCCAGGGUUGUGGGUUCAAUUCCCACGGGGGGCCAGUAUGAAAAUAAAAAAUAAUAAUGUAUGCACUAACUGUAAGUCGCUCUGGAUAAGAGCGUCUGCUAAAUGACGUAAAAUGUAAAUGUUAAAUAAAGGUGAAAUAAAAAUAAAAGUAAAUGUUGCAAAUUAGUACAACCUUGUGAUGUUUUUUAGUUCUUUAUAUAUCACUACAUUUUAGUCAUUUAGCAGACGCUCUUAUCCAGACCGACUUACAGUUAGUGAGUGCAUACAUCAUUUUUUUAUUUUUCAUACUGGCCCCCCGUGGGAAUCGAACCCACAACCCUGGCGUUGCAAACGCCAUGUUCUACCAACUGAGCUACAUCCCUGCCGGCCAUUCCCUCCCCUACCCUGGGCCAAUUGUGCGCCACCCAAUGGGUCUCCCGGUCGCGGCCGGCUACGACAGAGCCUGGAUUCGAACCAGGAUCUCUAGUGGCACAGCUAGCACUGUGAUGCAGUGCCUUAGACCACUGCACCACUCGGGGGGGUCUAAGGAUAAGAAACUACUUUCAAGUGACACUGCUCACGCUCCAUUAACACCUUCAUUACAUUUUCAUUUUAGGACAGUGGGUGUUCACCCUCCCACAUACUCUGUUUUUCUCUCUCUAUGCUUCUCUCUAUUUCACAUUCAUACUCUCUGAGACGAACAGACACACACACUGAAGCUGAGGACUAGUGGCAGUGGCCUGAGCUCUGAGAGAGUGUUUCAUGUUGCUGUAUCUGGGUGUUCCUGUGGGCAGGUGAGGCUGUGUUUUUUGGGAUGCCCCUCUUCGAUGGCAGUGAGACUAGGCUGGUGGUGAGGGAGUGCCUACCUGAGGACGCGGGCGCCUACACCUGUGUGGCAGAGAACCGAGCGGGCAAGACCUCCAGCAGCGCAGCUGUGUGUGUGAGAGGUAAGACAACACACACACACAAUGCUGAAAUGAGCUCAGGUCACUGGCGUACCACACGCAGCCCCGCGAAACUGUAGUAUGCCACUGGCUCAGAUGGUACAGCCGGUGGCUUUAUUUUGCAUGAACACCAACAACACAAAGGGUUAACUGCACUGCAGUAAGAUUUUAGAUUCUGAUGUUGUGGUUUUUUCUUUUGUCCCUUCUGUAACGGGAUAUGAAACUGAAAUUGUCCCCUGAUGGAAACAAUCCAGACUUUGAGACUAUCUGCGGAGUCCUAAACUCAACUUCACACACUUCCCCUCCCCUCAACAACAGCAUUAUGGAAAACAGAGGCUCAAAGUUACUUCUGUCAUCCAACAAUGACAGUGUCUUCAGACAAUCCAGCUCCCCAACUAGCUCGAACACCCCGAGCCCAGGAGGAACCCGAAAAGGUAAAACAUGAACUCAUUAGAGACGAUCUCUUAUACACUGAGUGUACAAAACAUUAGGAACACCUUCCUAAUAUUGAGUUGACCCCCUUUUGUCCUCAGAACUGCCUCAAUUAGAUGGGGCAUGGACUCUACAAGGUUUCAAAAGCGUUCCACAGGGAUGCUGGCCCAUGUUGACUCCAAUGCUUCCCACAGUUGUGUGAAGUUGGCUGGAUGUCCUUCGGGUGGUGGACCAUUCUUGACACACACGGGAAACUGUUGAGCGUGAAAAACCCAGCAGUGUUGCAGUUCUUGACACAUUCAAACUGGUGCACCUGGCACCUACCAUACCCCGUUCAAAGGCACUUAAAUAUUUUGUCUUGCCCAUUCACCCUCUGAAUGGCACAUACACAAUCCAUGUCUCAAUUGUCUCAAGGCUUAAAAAUCCUUCUUUAACCUGCCUCCUCCCCUUCAUCUACACUAUUUGAAGCGGAUUUAACAAGUGACAUCAAUAAGGGAUCAUAGCUGUCAUCUGGAUUCACCUGGUCAGUCUAUGUCAUGAAAAGCGCAGAUGUUCAUAAUGUUUUGUACACUCAGUGUAUAUAUCUUUCAUAUUGUAUACAUCUCUUUAAAGCAGGCAAGGUUAUUUUUACAAAAAUGCUACAUUUACUUUUGGCUCAUUUUCAAAGACAUGAAUAUGCUUUCUGUCCAACACACUAUGGGUUAUUACCUGGUUAUGGUUCAUAUGAACCACAUCAGUCAUAUUUGGGCAUUAAUCACUUCAACCAUUCAAUGCUUAGUUCAACAAAGGAGUCUCUGUAUGGAAGUCCCAUCCAGCUGACUGCCUUUGCACCGUUUCCCUUGUUCUGUAUUACAAUGCUGCUUUGAUCUGCUCUCUCACCGCUCUCUGUACAGCACCAUGUAGGGGAAGAGACAGUCCACUGUAGCAUAGUUAAACCUAGAGACAGUGGGUGUGUCCGAAUACCCAUACUAGCGUACUACAAACUAAAACUGCAUACUCAUUUCGACGUUUCAACUAGUAGAAUUCACUCAUCUUUACCGACUCAUGUGUUUGACAACAGCUGAUAAUCAAAUAAAUUGACCUCGCUGUACCAAAGUGAACGAAUGACGAGAGUCAAUGCAAUCGCGCAUUAGAUGACAAAAUGUCACAUACUAUAAGACAUUAUUUUUUUAGGAAACUAUUUAGUACGCUGGUAUGGGUACUACAAAAACUGUAAUUGCUAAUUUGCUACGUGAGGCUUAUUUGAUCGAAUAGUAGUUUUGCAAUGGUUAGGUUGUUAUGAAUCCACUGAUAAGUGGACACACGUGGCAUUUUCGGCAACUCACCCCAAAAUUACCAGUUGUUCCAGUUGUCAUAGAGAUAAAGGACUCAUCAUGGAAAUAACCCAUUUUAGCAUGGACGUUGCCAUUGAGGGCUUCCACCAUUUUAAACUAGUCAACUGGGUGGGGAUUCCUAUGCAUUGGGAGCAAUCAGCCAAUGAUGAAGGAAAUGUACUACUUUAAAAUGGAGAUGCCAAUGCUGUCACAGACACUAUAAUGGCACAGAUAAAAAGAUGAGCCCUCUAUUUAUCUCUAUGGCUUGGUGUUCACACGCAUAUCUGCCUUCUCAUUGGCUAGAAUGGUCCCACCUGAUCUCGCCUCCUCCCGUCUGGCUUCCAUAUUUGAGGACAUCUAUUUCCAUUGUUAGAGCGUUCACUCGAAUAUCUUGUCAAUAUAAUAGACAAUCUUUGGUAAUGGUCCAGAGAGAGCUUAGCCACGCCCUCCCCACACCCCUAUCACUAACUACCUGCACCUGUGAUCUCAUCUCGCCUCACCUCCAUUCCACCAGUCUCCACAGAAGUCACGCCAAAGAAGAGAGCCAGCUCAGGGACAGGUAAGAUACACACUAGUCUUUCUCUCUCCCUUCCUCUGUGAGCAAGCCAAGAGCUGCACCUGUCUCUGUCUCUCGUUCAAUGCAUUUAUUCUGUAUGACAUUUCCAGUUGCUGUCCUUGCUUUCAUCUAUUGUGUUUAUAUCAACCCACAGCUUUUAAAUCAUAUUGUCGUCCAGCCUCAGAUACUAGAACUACACAUUUAGUUUGACCCUUUGUACUCUUCUGUAUUGUCAGGGUGUGUUGUGUUGCUGUAGUGAGGGACUUCGCUCUGGUCUGGGUAAGGCUAGAGUGUUAUUGUGUAUGAACUGGGUAAGGGUGUUACCAGGUAGACCCAUAAAAGCAUGUAUAGUUCACGCGGGCCACCAGUUGCCCAUCCCUGACUUAAUUGCAUACGUUUGUGUAGAUAACUUGUAACUUUGUCACUAGAUGGUGUAGGUUUACGUCGUUCAGUGGAUUGCACAGAAGCUGAUUUGUCAUAACUUAAUGUAUGCUGACUGUCCACUCUUAUCAGUUGCCUCUAAUCUGUGUGUAAGAAAGAGGAAAGUUGUUUACAAGUAGACCGGUAACUGAAUAAUUUUAUUCAAUUUGAAAUGGAGUGAUUAAUAUAGAGCUAUUUGUUAGGCUAGAUGGACAUCAGUUGAAUGCAUUCCAUGGGAGGUUUUGUGACGUCAGUCCUACUUGUCUCAAAGAGAAAGUGCUUUAUACACUCACACCAAUUAAAACACAAGUGCAGCUUUAUCUUAGUGGUUCUAGUCAAAUCUACCAUACUGCCAUACUGAUUUGACUACUGACUGGAAAGAGGCUGUAUCCACAAAGCCCUUCGGGCUUUGCUCUUAAAAGGAAUGAUCUUCUGUAAUGUAAUGUCAGGGUUAUAAGGAAGUUAUCUGUACGUGGUUAUGAAUUAUAUCUAACCAUUUAUCUUCAGCAUACUUGAUAACAGUAUUGACAAUUCAUUUACAUUGAAAAUGAGUGUUUGGUCUGUAUGCUUGACCAUGUUAUGUACUAGUGUGUAGGCGUUUGUAGUUGAACUUGUUGGAUACUCAUGGUCUCAUAAGGACUGCUCCUACUUGUGUGGUAUGUCAUCUGUGUUUGGUCAUGAAAUCCUGCCUUUGUUUUCGGUUGAUACAUCAGGCCCACCAUGAAUCGUGGUAGUAAGGGUUGCUAGUGAUGAGAGGAACUUGCGCGCGUGUGCACAGACAGACAGACCUACAGACAGACGUAACCACGCAAACACACAUACACAACAGUGUACUAACAAACAGAACCACUCACACACAUACAAUAACACUUACAUGUACAAAAACAAACAUAGUUGUUCUCACACACAGUUAAUAAUGUUUUGUACCCAAAUCAUUCUUGUGGCCCCUAGUCAAAACUCUGAAGUUGGUUUUACCCUGUCUUUCACAGCCUCGUUGCAGUUUAAAGAUCCCCCGUCCCUCAUUGAGGCACGGCUAGGAGAGACAGCCCAUCUGACGUGUGUGUUCAGUGGCAGUCCCCCUGUGGUGUCCUGCUGGAUACGAAAUAAAGAACCGGUACCAAUAUUAUUUUAUUAUUAUAUCAUUUUCGAAUGAGUGAACAAAUAUCACUAGCCUUCUUUUCGCAGCCUUCUGAACAUGUGAGUGUACAGGUUGUGUCUUUCUUUGUCUAACUCACUCUCUCUGUAGGUUGUAGAUGGGUCUGAGUUGUGGGUAGAGAGCAGUGAUCAGAGCAGUACGUUGGUGAUAGCAGAGCCAGGACCUGAGCACGCAGGACGCUACACCAUUGUAGUACGAGACCGCAAGAGCUCGGCGCAGCAUACCGUCGUUCUUUCUGUCAUAGGUAAAUAACACACCCAAAACAUUUCUGUGCUUUGUGUGUUUUUCUGCCAAACCUGUUUGUAACCUGUACCGUGUCUUCCUGGUCCCAGAGCGGCCCCAGUCCCCAGCCUCCAGCCCUGUGGUGUCUCUCCUCUCUGUCUCUCCUCUCUGUUUGGUCCUGUCCUGGUCUGGGCCCUGCUACGACGGAGGCAGUGCUGUCCUGGGCUACGUGGUAGAGGUGAGGAGAAAAGGCCCCGCUGAGUCUGGGGACUGGAGUGAGCUCACAGCCCAUUGCAAGAGCACCUCUUACAAGGUGCGCUCCGUGCUUGAGCCCCAGGCAGAGUACUGCUUCCGGGUGAGGGCCUACAACGUGGUGGGGGUGAGCGAGCCCAGUGAGGAGUCUCAGCUUAUCAAGAUGGAGCAGAAAGGUGAGCCAUGUCAGUAUCUAGUUGAUUGGUUCCAGCAGCAGUAGUAUACUGUGAACUUCAUCAUGUGUGGCUGUAUACUGUGUGGCUCAGUUGGUAGAGCAUGGCGCUUGCAAUGCCAGGGUUGUGGGUUUGAUUCCCACGGGGGACCAGUACUGUAAGUCGCUCUGGAUAAGAGUGUCUGCUAAAUGACUAAAAUGUUAAUCUAGCUUGUUUAUCACAUGGACUUCAUGCCUUCAGCUGCAGACAGGAACACAUUGACAGGAUUUUUCGGUCUGUUUCCUAUAGAUUUGUAUCAACAGCGUGCAAUAGGUGCAUCGUUUCAUGCUGCCUAUCUGAUGACUGACAGCUCAAAUGUCUGUCUCUGUGUGUGAUCUGUAGCUGAGCCACAAGAGGAGGAGUCUCCUCGGACAUAUGAGGACGUCACUAUCGACUCCACCCACAAGGUCACUGAUCACUACAAUGUACUGGAGAAACUGGGAGUGUGAGUAUCUCCCAUGAAACAUUACACAAAACACACAUUGAAUACUUUAAUGUUCACAACAAAACACACACACAUGCCUGUGUGUGAUGCAGUGUAGCUAACAAAAUGAGUUAAACUUACUGCCCCCAGAUCGGCAGGUUAGCGAUAAUCUCUCUUAUUCUCGUGUAGGUUCAUUGACAAAAACAAAAAUGUAUGUUCAUCUACAGGUAAGGAACACUCACUAUCUUGUUUAAUGCCAGCUCUUGUUCACAAGGUUUUUCAAGCGAAACAAAUGGUUCCCUCCUCUCUGAAAUGUCAAAGUCAUGGCUGAUCUGGCCUUGACAAAAACACUUGUUGAUUCAGUGUUCAGUGAACAGAGAGAGGAGAGGAGAAUAUCGCUGGGCCUGCCAAGUCACAGAGCAUGGAGGAGAGAAGUGUUCAAACAGACAGACCAUAUAGCAACACUGAUCAGCUCCGUUUAGUCAGAAUGAGGGAUGUGGUUUAAUUUUCUGACCCAUUCACUCUACCAUUUCUUUACAUGUGUAUGUAUCUCCACUAACACCUAACUCUAGCUCUCCGUCCUCUGAACUCAUACAGUAUGAAGGCAGAGAGUUGUCUAAGUGAUUUUAGUGGUUAGGACCAUAUAAAUAUAAUCUCUUCAUUCUAGUUCUGUAGUUGAGACCCUGAGUUUUUCCUGACAAUGACCUGACCAGGAAAACCCCAGAGUUUUUCCUGGUCAGGUCACAUGGUCAGGGAAAACUCAGAGAAAGCAACCCUUCCUCUACAUUCCUGAGUAGAUCUAGGUCAGAUCUCUAGUUAGCUCAGAUCUCCAGAUGGAGGAAGUGGGUCUGAAGCCAUGAUUAUACAUGGGCUUUACAGACGGUUUGGCACCGAUUACCAUUGCAUUAUGGUCCAUGGGGUUCACAGCUCUGUGUGUCUAUGUACAGUACCAGUCAGAAGUUUGGACACACCUACUCAUUCAAGGGUUUUUCUUUAUUUGUACUAUUUCCUACAUUGUAGAAUAAUAGUGAAGACAUCAAAACUAUAAAUUAACACAUAUGAAAUCAUGUAGUAACCAAAAAAGUGUUAAACAAAUGAAAAUAUAUUUGAGAUUCUUCAAAGUAGCCACCCUUUGCCUUGAUGACAGCUUUGCACACUCUUGGCAUUCUCUCAACCAGCUUCAUGAGGAAUGCUUCUCCAACAGUCUUGGAGGAGUUCCCACAUAUGCUUAGCACUUGUUGCCUGCUUUUCCUUCACUCUGCGGUCCAUCUUAUCCCAAACCAUCUCAAUUGGGUUGACGUUGGGUGAUUGUGGAGGCCAGGUCAUCUAAUGCAGCACUCCAUCACUCUCCUUCUUGGUCAAAUAGCCCUUACACAGCCUGGAGGUUUGCUUUGGGUCAUUGUCCUGUUGAAAAACAAAUUAUAGUCCCACUAAGCGCAAACCAGAUGGGAAGGCGUAUCGCUGCAGAACGCUGUGGUAGCCAUGCUGGUUAAGUGUGCCUUGAAUUCUAAAUAAAUCACAGACAGUGUCACCAGCAAAGCAACCCACACCAUCACACCUCCUCGUCCAUGCUUCACGGUGGGACCAUACAUGCAGAGAUCAUCCGUUCACCUACGCGGUUGGAACCAGAAAUCUCAAAUUUGGACUCAUCAGACCAAAGGACAGAUUUCCACUGGUCUAAUGUCCAUUGCUCAUGUUUCUUGGCCCAAGCAAGUCUCUUCUUCUUAUUGGUGUCCUUUAGUAGUGGUUUCUUUGCAGCAAUUUGACCAUGAAGGCCUGAUUCACGCAGUCUCCUCUGAACAGUUGAUGUUGAGAUGUGUCUGUUACUUGAACUCUGUGAAGCAUUUAUUUGGGCUGCAAUCUGAGGUGCAGUUAACGCUAAUGAAUUUAUCCUCUGCAGCAGAGGUAACUCUGGGUCUUCCAUUCCUGUGGCGGUCCUCAUGAGAGCCAGUUUCAUCAUAGUUCUUGACUGUUUUUGUGACUGCACUUGAAGAUACUUUCAAAGUUCUUGAAAUUUUCCAGAUUGACUGACCUUAAUGUCUUAAAAUAAUGAUGGACUGUCGUUUCUCUUUGCUUAUUUGAGCUGUUCUUGCCACAAUAUGGACUUGGUCUUUUACCAAAUAGGGCUAUCUUCUGUAUUCCCCCUUACCUUGUCACAACACAACUGAUUGGCUCAAACGCAUUAAGAAGGAAAUAAAUUCCACAAAUUAACUUUUAAUAAGGCACACCUGUCAAUUUAAAUGCAUUCCAGGUGACUACCUCAUGAAGCUGGUUGAAAAAAUGGCAAGAGUGUGCAAAGCUGUCAUCAAGGCAAAGGGUGGCUACUUUAAAGAAUCUCACGAGCCCAUUCAAUUUGAGUAUUUAUAAAUGUUUUGGGGAAAUUAUUAUUAUGGGUUAAAAAAACACUCCAGGCUACUCUUGAACGUCUAAAACUAGAUAGAAAGUUUGUAGAUGUCACGCUCUGACUUAUGGGACUCUAGUAUGUUGAGUCAGGGUGUGGAGUGCUAUGUUGUAUUUUCUAUGUUUACGUUCUAGGUGUUGUAGUUCUAUGUUUGGCCGGGUGUGAUUCCCAAUCAGAGACAGCUGUCGCUCGUUGUCUCUGAUUGGGGAGCAUACUUAGGCAGCCUAUUGGCAAUCAUUAGUUGUGGGAUCUUGUUUUGUGUUUAGCCUGAGGACUUCGCGUUACGUUGUUUUGUUCGUGUGUUUAUCGUUGAAAUAAACAUGUAUGCAUUUCACGCUGCGCCUUGGUCUGACCCGUCCUUAAACGAACGUGACAGUAGAAAUUAUAAUGGACCUAUAUAUUUUCAAGUAACUGCCCUUUUUCUGGACUGAAAAUUGAUUUUGACAAAACAAAUCGGUCCCCCAAAAAUCUGUGCGGCCCUCUGUUGAAUUUCGAAAUCCAGAUGUGGCCUUCGAGACAUUUUCCCACCCCUGGUCUAUAGAAUGUGUAUAUGAAGAUUGUACACACAUUCAUGUCAUCAUAGACUGAUUCUGCUUUGUAUGGACAAAAGUGUCUUAUCAAUCCAUGGCAUGUAUGGCAAUAUUAAUGCAAAGUACUCUACUAGCUCUGUGUAUGUGUAAAGCAGUUCAACUACUCUGUUGUCCAUACUUAUUCUUCUGUUGCCGCCUGUAGUGCCAAAACCGUAAAAGCUACCGACACCAAAACAACUUUAAAACGUGUCGGCUGACCCUCCGCGGUGUGCUUGGAAAACCUUUUUUUUAUACCACUUAUACUUUUCAGCGCCAUAGGCUUGAAUGGGAAGUAUUUGGCUAAGCCACUACUCUUGUACCGUUAAAGCUACCAAUACCAAAAUAACUUUAAAAUGUGCAGACUGGCACUUGUACUGUUGCUUGAGCAAAACAAUUAUACUACUUAUACUUUGCACACUACCACAAUAUUUGCAUUAAUCCCAAUGCAUUUCAGAGGCAAUAUAUUUGAAUAGGAAAAAUUACUACUAGUCCUCCACUGUUUUCAGCUAGAAACGUCAUUCAAACUUUAAAACGUGCAGACCGGUCUGGAAUAGGUUGCUUGUAUACUGACCGCAACUGCUGACCACACAACUACUGACAACACAACUACUGAAUCAUACAACUACUGACCACAACCACCCAACUACUGACCACAGCUACAAACACCACCCCAACGUUGACAUGUGCAGACUGACUCAAUUUAGAUGCCUUCAACACAGCUUUUUGCUGUCAUUCCUACUUCAUAAACUAUAAAGCUGGUUGUAUUCCCAUUCAUUUCAAUGGCGGAAUGCAGGCUUCAACAUUCAAAACUAAAAUCACUGCCACAACUUUCAGACAAAACAUUUUAAGAGCUUAAAAACACAUUAUAUGGCUUAUGAUGAUAGUACUCACUCUAGCCUACUAUACCAGCCUACUAUAACCCAUUAUAAUAACUCCACACCUACAACCAUUCCAAAAUAGGUCACUAUCACUAACCCGUAGCCUAUGAAAACCCUAUUUCUACCAUUAUUACUACAGCCUUCACUACAACUGCUUUCAUUACCAUGAAAAACACCUAAAGAGGAGCAAGCAAACCACAUUUUAUUCAGGAAAUGUCCUUUUCUAGUUAACAACGUGUAUCUGCUGUGACACUCCACAGGGGGAAGUUUGGCCAGGUGUUCAAACUGACCCACAAGGAGACGGGCCGUGUGUGUGCCGGGAAGUUCUAUAAGGGCCGGCGUGCCAAGGAGAGGGAGGCAGCCCGUAAAGAGAUAGAGCUGAUGAACUACCUGCACCACCCCAAACUGGUCCAGUGUCUGGGGGCCUAUGAUCUCAAGCCAGAGAUGGUCAUGGUCAUGGAGUUGUAAGUACAGUAUCUAGACAACAACCAUUGACCACAAUACAUGGCAGUGGAAGCCAUAGAGCCCUGUAGAAGUAAAUGCAUGAGGUCCGGUGUCACUAAUGUGAAUUGAGUUAAAUUGAAUUGAAUACAACUUAAAUUACAACCUUAUUGAUCCUGUGAUUGUUUGUGUAUGUGUGCAGCAUUGCUGGAGGUGAGCUGUUUGAGCGUAUAGUGGACGACAGCUUUGUGCACACAGAGCCGGCCAGUGUGCGCUACAUGCAGCAGAUCGUGGAGGGGAUCGGCUACAUGCACCAGCAGAACAUCGUCCACCUGGACCUGAAGCCUGAAAACAUAGUGUGUGUUGACCACACUGGCACGCGCAUCAAGAUCAUUGACUUUGGCCUGGCCAGCAAGCUGGGUGAGUGUGGGGCUGACUGAGGGACAGAGCCAAGGGUGUUGAAUGGUGCUGCAUGUUUUGGAAGCAUUGUUGGUUUGCAUUGCAACACCUGGAAAAUGAAUGAUGUCCCUGAAAAGAUUUAGAGCUCAAAUUUCUGCCUCUGUGUUCACUGUGAUAUAUGGGCUGUCUCAAAUGGUACCCUAUUACAGUGCUAUGAAAAAGUAUUUGCCCCCUUUCUAAUUGUCUCUACUUUUGCAUAUUUGUGAUACUGAAUGUUAUAAGAUCUUCAACCAAAACCUAAUAUUAGAUAAAGGGAACAUAAGUGAACAAAUAACACAACAAUUGCAUAUUUAUUUCAUAAACAAAGUUAUGCAACACCCAAUUCCCCUGUGUGAAAAAGAAAUUGCCCCCUUACACUCAAUAACUGGUUGUGCCACCUUUAGCUGCAAUGACUCCAUCCAAAUGCUUCCUGUAGUUGUUGAUCCGUCUCUCACGUCGCUGUGGAGGAAUUUUGGCCCACUCUUCCAUGUAGAACUGCUUUAACUCAGUGACGUGUGGGUUUCCAAGCAUGAACUGCUCGUUUUCAAGUCCUGCCACAACAUCUCAAUUGGGAUUAGGUCUGGACUUGGACUAGGCCAUUCCAAAAUGUCAAAUUUGUUGCUUUUUAGCAAUUUUCAUGUAGACUUGAUUGUGUGUUUUGGAUCAUUGUCUUGCUGCAUGACCCAGCUGCGCUUCAGCUUCAGCUCAUAGACGGAUGGUCUGACAUUCUCCUGUAGAAUUCUCUGAUACAGAGCAGAAUUCAUGGUUCCUUCUAUUAAGGCAAGUCGUCCAGGUCCUGAGGCAGCAAAGCAUCCCCAAACCAUCACACCACCACCACCAUGCUUGACCUUUGGUAUGAUGUUCUUACUGUGGAAUGCAGAGUUUGAUUUUCACCAGGCAUUACUGGAACCAUGUUGUCCAAAAAGUUAUACUUUUGACUCAUCUGUCCAUAGAACGUUCUUCCAAGAGUCUUGAUGAUCAUCCAGGUGUUUUUUGGCAAACUUGAGUCAACUUUUUGGACGAGAUGGGUCCCAUUAUGCCUGGCGAAAACCAAACACUGCAUUCCACAGUAAGAACAUCAUACCAAAGGUCAAGCAUGGUGGUGGUGGUGUGAUGGUUUGGGGAUGCUCUGCUGCCUCAGGACCUGUACGACUUGCCUUAAUAGAAGGAACCAUGAAUUCUGCUCUGUAUCAGAGAAUUCUACAGGAGAAUGUCAGACCAUACGUCUGUGAGCUGAAGCUGAAGCGCAGCUGGGUCAUGCAGCAAGACAAUGAUCCAAAACACACAAUCAAGUCUACAUGAAAAUUGCUAAAAAGCAACAAAUUGGAAGUUUUGGAAUGGCCUAGUCAAAGUCCAGACCUAAUCCCAAUUGAGAUAUUGUGGCAGGACUUGAAACGAGCAGUUCAUGCUUGAAAACCCACACGUCACUGAGUUAAAGCAGUUCUGCAUGGAAGAGUGGGCCAAUAUUCCUCCACAGCGACGUGAGAGACUGAUCAACAACUACAGGAAGCAUUUGGUUGGAGUCAUUGCAGCUAAAGGUGGCACAACCAGUUAUUGAGUGUAAGGGGGCAAUUACUUUUUCACACAGGGGAAUUGGGUGUUGCAUAACUUUGUUUAUGAAAUAAAUAUGUAAUUGUUGUGUUAUUUGUUCACUUAUGUUCCCUUUAUCUAAUAUUAGGUUUGGUUGAAGAUCUGAUAACAUUCAGUAUCACAAAUAUGCAAAAGUAGAGAAAAUUAGAAAGGGGGCAAAUACUUUUUCAUAGCACUGUACCUAUAUAGUGAAUAACUUUUGAUAAGGGCCCAUAGGGCUCUGUUAGAAAGGUCCUGGUCAAAAUUAGUGCACUGUGUAGGGAAUAGGGUGCCAUUUGGGAUGAAGGGAUGCAACCUCAUUAUCCUGAGGUGUUGUCUGUCCUCCAGACCCCUCCACUCCCCUGAAGGUGAUGCACGGGACACCAGAGUUUGUGGCUCCAGAGGUGAUCGGCUAUGAGACUGUUAGCUUAGCUACAGACAUGUGGAGCAUUGGAGUCAUCUGCUACAUAUUGUGAGUACUAAGGCACUUUUCUGUUUCAUUCAUUCUCAAUUAGACAUCCUUCUUCUCUGCCUACAACAGGGCUUGACAAACUGUAGCUUUUCUGCCACCUAGUGGCCAUACAUUUAUAUUGCUCAUAUAUCAAGUUCAAACGCGUGUGUGUGUACAUGCGUGUGUGUGGUGUGUGUCUGUGCAUGCGUGUGUGUGUUCAGACUGAGUGGCGAGUCUCCCUUCCAGGGUAACAGUGAGGCAGAGACCCUGGCCUUGGUAACUGGUGCUCAGUGGGAGUUUGACGAGGAGAGCUUCGAAGAGAUCACUGACCAGGCCAAAGACUUCAUUAGCUCCCUGCUCAACAAGGAACCAAGGUCUGGGACAACACCAUAUACCAUAUACCUGUCUAUGGAUGAGCCUAGCCCUCAAGGACCUGCCCUCGAUGUCUCCCCUCUAACCCUCCCUGUUUUGCCUCUUAGCCUCCCUGUCUCCCCUCUAACCCUCUCUGUCUGUCCCCACCCAGGCGCAGGAUAUCCUGUGAGGAGGCUCUGGUCCACUCCUGGAUAGCUGAGCCCAUCUCAGCAGACCCCAGGACCACCAAGUGUCUCUCCAAGGAGAAGAUGAAGAGGUACCUCGCCAAGCAGAAGUGGAAGGUAGGUAGUGGGUUCCCCACCAAAAUUAUACUUUGUAUUUUAGUACAUUUCAGUUCUUUCAUUAUUUCAUCAUCCCCCGGUAGGUGUGUGAAACCCAUUGACUGAAGCCUCUCUGUGUAUCUCCUGUAGAAAACAGGGAAGGCCCUGCUGGCGCUGAAGAGGAUGGCUCUGUUGUCUAAAGCCGAUGGGUCUGGCUCUCCCACCGCUCCUGCAGAAGGUGAGACCUCCCGCCAUACUUCCAAAGCCUGCCAUACUCAAUCCAAACCAUGUCACUUUUUCUCCUAUUAUUUUAGGCUCGUAACCCUACCAUUCCUCAUGUGAUAAAUGACCCUGUUUGCCCGGUCAACCAGAUGAGAGCUACGCAUACCAUUGGUUCACUUGUGCUCAGUCUGGCUGACCAGUCUAUGACUCUGCUGUGAGCCUUGACCCUGUGUCUGACCCCUGACAGACAGUCCCCUGAGUCCUGAGGCAGAGCAGGCCCUGCGGUCUCUAGAGGUCAAACUCCAGGGGGUGCCCCAGUUCUCCCUGACCCUAACGGACCAGACAGCCUCCCAGGGCUCCACCGCCCGCCUCUCCUGUCACCUCACAGGUACCUACCUAUACACUGAUUUACACUACAAAAGGCUUCCACAUGUUUGGUUGACCGAAUUAUACAUUUUCACUAAGUUUCAGCUGGUGCUUGUAAAGAUUUUAAAUGCUUUGUUUUAAAGUUGGACAUUGAUUAAGAGCAAUCAUGCCUAACUAACUCCCUUGUUCAAGGACGCACAGCUGCAUCCUGCUGUGUAAAACACUUAAAGCUUUUCAAGUAGUUAGUGUGUAAGUGUUACAUUCCAUUUCCUGAGCUCUUGUCAUUGGCUGUUUCCUCUCUCUCUCCCCCCUCUGAUCCCUUCUCUGACCUCUCCUUUCAGGGUACCCUGACCCAGAGGUGGUGUGGUUGAGGGGUGAGGAGCCUCUGGAGGAGUCAUCCCGGGUGCAGAUAGAGUAUGAAGAGGAUGGGCUCUGCACCCUGGUCCUGGCCCAAGUUGGGCCAGAGGACUCUGAUAUUUACACCUGUAGGGCCACCAACGACCAGGGGGAGGCACUGUGUUCAGCCAAACUCAUAGUAAAGGAAUAUGUUUGGUCAGAACUGUGAAUACAUAUCGAAACACAAACAAGCAGAAAUUCAGACACCCAUGUUUGUGAAAUGUCUUUCAAACAUUCCAGAAAAUGUUGUAUAGCGCUUGAACCACUAAACUCUGUACAUUGCGGCUCUUGUGAAACAAUUCUCUGAUUUCAGAUCGAAAAACCUCUAAGUCCUACUAGUUAUUUUGGACAUAUGUACGGUUUUGAAAAGAAUAACCCUGUGAAUUAAGACUACUGUGAAUAGAGUAAGUGUCUUAAUAAUAAAGGAAUAUUUUUGCACCAAGUAUGGAUGGUAAACAUUUGACAGAUGUAAGUUUAAUGUACCACCCAUACACAAAAAAUGUAUGCACGCAUGACUGUAAGUCGCUUUGGAUAAAAGCGUCUGCUAAAUGGCAUAUUAUUAUUUAUUAUUAAUGUGCAUGUAUUGUAACCGCUAUGAAUUUGGAAGUCUUUUUUUCUUUAUCUCAGUGAAAGUUUACUGUACAAAAAAUGUUUAGUUGCCUCUAAGACCAAUGGCUUUUUAUUUUGACAGUUAUGUCCACCAGAUGACAGCAUAUUCUUUUGUGAAAGAGUAUGGCUUGUGGUGGAACAGCAGCCUUGUGGAAAGUGUGACAAUAAAAGAUAGGAAGCAUAUAAUUCUACUGCAUUAUAACCUCACUGUGUGCUACAGAUUACUAUUUUAUGUCUACUAAUUUAAGGACUGGAUUCAAUCCAUAUCGGUUAAAAUCUGCGCUGUAGCGUGCUUGAAAUUAUGCAG